AUGUAUGGACCACAAGCUGGAUUUAAGAGGCCAUUCGUGUGCACUAGUAUGAUAUUUACAAGGUGAUCAGAACUUUUCUCACAUAAAUAUGGAAAUUACAAUGGAAAUACUAUACAAUGAAAAAGUUGGGUUAAAUAGUAUAUUAUCUAAAAUUAUAUUCGGGCUUACAAUUUUUAGACGCAAUUUUUGGUGGGAGAUCAACAUAUGCAGACAUUUUUUUUUAACCAACUUGGAAUGUCAAAAUUAUAAUGACGUCGCGUAUCAUCGUAGUGUAUAUUAUUAUUGUAUUCUAAGUUUUAAUUUCUCCACGUUAUGCUUUGGCCGUUCACGUAACAGUGGUAGUUUUUAAAAGGGACGAUGGGGGUGAUAUCCUCCCCAUGAACUUUUUUUUUUUUUUGUCAAAUGUAAGGUAUGUCCUGUACGUAAGCAUACGAUAAAGCAUUGCUAACGGAAAAACAGUUCUGAGAGGAGUUCAGUUAAUAGUGAUGUUUUGUCAACAAUAUAUAUCAUAUUAUGGUAAAAUAAUUGAAUAGUCAUUACAUAUUUUCUUUAAUAAUAAUGUACCGAUUUUCCUAAGUUUUUCCGGGUUUUACCAUGUUUUUUUCCAGUUUUUCACAUUUGCUGGGACUUUUAAGAAAAUCGAAAAAUAACCUCCGUAAUGUACCUCCCCGGUCAGAUUUACUUUAAGAAAAAGUGCUAUCAUUGUAAAUCGGAGCAAAAUUGCUCGUAGAAAAGUUGUUCACAAAACAAAAAAAAUCGUAAUAUUUUCCUAAUAUAUUUCGUACAUUUUUCCGUUUUUUUUCGGUUUUUCACUUUUGUUGAGAAAACUCCCGAUAAAAUCGAAAACUAACCUCCUUAAAGUACCUCUCCAUUAAAAUUUCCUUUCAGAAAAAUGUGUACAUCAUACACAUUGGAGCGUAUACUCUGGUAGAAAAGUUGUCCGCGGAUAAAACAGUUGUAAAACCAUAAGCUUCUUUGCUUCACUCUGAAUCUAAAAUUAAAAUUAUGUUAUUUAUGAUAGAACCAUAAACAAAUUAUAUAAUUUAUUUGAUAGAUGUCAUUAUGGUACGGUGCUUAAAGAUUUUAAAAUCGCACACUCUUCUUGAUGUUAUAUCAAAAGUGGUAAUAUACCACUGCCACGAAGUAAACACCCGAAUCGUAAAGCAGUAAAUAAUAUAGUAAACACAUAAAUGCUACCCACGGGAGGAGAGCGAUAAUCCCGUUACCUACCUCCUCCUGGCAACGCCACGUCGCCACUGGUAUGACCGUGUGUUCGCGGUACAUACCGGCUUGAGCAAUAGGCCAAAACGCGUAACACACCUCUGUCAACUGUUUAACCAACUGUUUAAUUAACUGUUUUAGUUCGAUAUUAUAAAUGAGCUCAGAAUCUAGAAAAAAAAAAAAAAUAAAUAAAUAAAUAUCGUAACGUCGGCAGGGGGAAAUUCGACUGUCGUGACCGAGCUCUUCUGCAUUCACGGAUUUAUUUUUCAUACACACAGAGACGCGAAAAACGACGGCAAGGGCGCCGAUAACCGGGACAGUAACGCAGCAGAACGCGGCAACGAAAACGCGGUGUUCCGGCGACUGCGUUCGGCCGUCCGGUUGGCGGCCACGACGCGCCCGCAGCCCGGCGGCGGGGGUCCGAACGCCGCGUUCAGCCGUACGCCCGUGUCGGCGGCCGAACGGCACAAUCCGUACCGAAAAAAGUCCCGGUCGUCGGUGUCCGGCCGCGGCAUCGCGGGCGUUGGGUACGAUUCUUCGGGCGACGCCGUCACCAGCCGGCCGGGGGACCGCUACGUGGACCCGGUAUUGGUGCAAGAGACCAGCCGCGGCGUCGACUACCUGACCGCGUAUCCGUUGGGCAAGGUGUGCGACGACGACAAGACGUGCUACGACGACGUGGAUCAGCCGGCCGAGGUAUGGAAGACGAACGUGAUCGGCGAAGCCAAGUCGUCGAAAAACAACAACAACAAUCGCUCCGUGGACGACGACGAGGAAGAGGAAGUAGACGAUGAGUUCACGACAUAG